GAUUGCACCGCGUUCCUCUUCCGUCUUACAACCGCUGCGAAGCUUGCUCUCAAAUUUCUGCCCACAAUAAACGUGGCGGAGGUGCCUUCGUUCUGAUUGGCCGAAUUCUUUACGUGAGUUUGGCGCUCACUGGGAGUUAGAGGGACUUCGGAACGUGGUUAGUGUUUGGGUUCGAACCUCCGAACCUCUUCGCUCGCCUUCAGAAGUUCGUGUUUCACGAGGUUGAACUGCCUUCUUCUUAUGCUCGGGUCACCUUCGCGAAAACGUGGAAAUAAAGGAAGGACGCGCUCCUGGUGACCGGCCUCCCCGCGCCUGGACUGGGCUAGGGUCCGGCUAGCGCGUGCUGUUGGGAAUCUUUUGGUGUCUUCCUGCCGCAGCCUUGUUUAAUUAAAGUGGGAACUGAUGCGCCGAAGGAAGCAAAGGUUUUGCCCUAUCCGUUCACCCAAGGGCCCUAGAGACCUUGCGGAUUAAUCCACUUUGUAAAUACUGGAACGUUCUGCGGAGGAGGGUCUGGAUGCAUUUGAUUGGAAACUAAAAUUUUAAGGGCCCGGGUAUUCCGGAAACGGAGUUUUGAGCAUCACACCCGUGGCGUAGGAUUCGUGAUUGUCUCUCGCGGUCCUGCGACUUCAACAUGUAUCUUGGUUCUUGGUUAAGUCGUCUGUCCCGGGGUUUAUCCAGACCCAUCGGAAAGACCACCCAGCCAGUCUGGGGUUCUCUCUCCAGAAGUCUGACAUUGGGUGCGCAAAGAAUUCCAGAAUUUAGUAGCUUUGUUGCUCGGACCAACACAUGUGGAGAAUUGCGUUCUUCCCACUUAGGCCAAGAAGUCACUCUGUGUGGAUGGAUUCAGUACCGAAGACUAGAAUCUGUAAGCCAGCUGAGAAGCGGCAGUAGCGUGGGAUCGGCUGCGUCUGUGAAGAAGAUUUUAUGUGAAGCCCCUUUGGAAUCUGUGGUGAAAGUAACUGGGACAGUUAUCUCCCGGCCUCCAGGACAAGAGAAUUCAAAAAUGCCAACAGGUGAGAUUGAAAUCAGAGUUAAAACAGCUGAGCUCCUGAAUGCCUGCAAGAAGCUACCCUUUGAGAUUAAAGACUUUAUGAAGAAGACGGAGGCUCUUCGUUUGCAGUAUCGGUACUUAGACCUGCGAAGCUUCCAAAUGCAGUAUAACCUGCGACUGAGGUCCCAGAUAGUCAUGAGAAUGCGGGAAUAUCUCUGCAAUCUACACGGGUUUGUGGAUGUAGAAACCCCAACACUGUUUAAGAGGACUCCAGGGGGUGCCAAAGAGUUUUUAGUACCGUCCAGGGAGCCUGGAAAGUUUUAUUCUCUCCCUCAAAGUCCUCAGCAAUUUAAGCAACUUCUGAUGGUUGGUGGUCUAGACAGAUAUUUUCAGGUUGCCCGGUGUUAUCGAGAUGAAGGUUCGAGACCAGAUAGACAGCCAGAGUUUACUCAGAUUGACAUAGAGAUGUCUUUUGUAGACCAAACUGGCAUUCAGCGUUUAAUUGAGGGUUUGCUGCAGUAUUCCUGGCCUGAUGAUAAAGAUCCUGUGGAGAUUCCUUUUCCUUCCAUGACUUUCGCUGAGGCACUAGCCACCUACGGAACUGAUAAGCCAGAUAUUCGCUUUGGGAUGAAGAUUGUGGAUAUCAGUGAUGUGUUCAGAAACACAGAGAUCAGAUUUCUUCAAGAUGCACUGGCUAAGCCCCAAGGAACUGUCAAAGCUAUCUGUGUUCCUGAAGGAGCAAAGUACUUGAGAAAGCAAGACAUUGCGUUCAUUAGAGACUUUGCAACUCAGCAUUUCAGUCAGGAAGUCCUGCCUGUAUUUCUGAAUGCCAAGAGGAACUGGAGUUCACCAUUUGCUAAAUUCAUAAUGGAGGAGGAAAGAUUGGAAUUAAGCAGAUUGAUGGAGAUCCAAGAGGACGACAUGGUGCUCCUGACUGCUGGGGAACAUGAGAAAGCAUGCUCUUUGUUGGGAAAGUUACGACUGCAGUGUGCAGACCUUCUGGAAAUGAGAGGAGUGGUACUCCGUGACCCAGCACUGUUUUCUUUCCUUUGGGUGGUGGACUUCCCACUCUUCGUUACUAAGGAAGAGAGUCCCACAGAGCUGGAGUCAGCCCACCACCCGUUCACUGCUCCUAACCCUAGUGACAUUUAUCUCCUCUAUACUGAGCCUGAAAAGGUUCGUGGCCAACACUAUGACUUGGUUUUAAAUGGCAGUGAGAUAGGAGGUGGUUCUAUCCGAAUUCAUGAUGCACAGCUACAGAGGUACAUCCUGGCAACAUUAUUAAAGGAAGAUGUGAAAUUGCUUUCUCAUCUGCUCCAGGCUUUAGACUACGGGGCACCCCCUCAUGGAGGAAUUGCCUUAGGGCUAGACAGACUGCUGUGUCUUGUCACUGGAGCCCCAAGCAUCAGAGAUGUCAUAGCCUUCCCCAAAUCCUAUCGAGGACAUGACCUCAUGAGCAGUGCUCCAGAUUCUGUGCCUCCUGAAGAACUGAAGCCCUACCACAUCCAAGUCACAUGGCCAGCAGACUCAGAAGAAGAGAAUGCAGCAGCCACACCUUCCAAAAACUUGAGCUCUUAAGUUUUGUCUUCUUAGUUCCGGAGUGGAGUGGAAGCAGUCAUCACUGCUUCAUAACCAACAGAAGCUACCCAAUUGUGAUUUGGUAACAUGUACCAUUAGGACUUUCUGUGGUUGUGACUUUUGUGCAAGUUUUAAUUGAAGCAUUGUAAAAACAAA